GGAAUGCGAAUCGUGCAGAUUGCUGCAUCGAGCUCGUUCGCUAGGCCCAAACAUUCAAAACCUGGGCAGAUCCACAGCCGGGCCACAGCCGCCUCUUUGCCUCUGCAAUUUUUCGUACUCGUUUCUUUAUUUUUUUUUUUUCAUUUCCCCCUUCCUCCCUCACACACAGCCUCCCUCACACUCAUUAUCUACAUCUCUUUUCUCGUAUGCAAGACCCGGCGUCAAAGAUCCCACUGCCACGCGGCUCGGUGUUUGAUCGAGUCAAAUGGAUUGAGAAAACACACGGGGCGAGUAAUCCGCUGGCGGACCAGAUCAAUGGCGGCAGCAGAGGCAAGGUAAAGCUGCCACGGGCUUCGCGUGUGUCGGAGCGGGCUGUGCAGAUUAACGAAACAAACGAGCGUAUUAAGGAGCAAGAAUCGCGCAUCCCAAAGCUGUCAGAAAUCAGCGUGCUGGCAGGGAAGCCGGCUGCCAAGCUGGCGGUGCAGCCAUCGCCAGUAAUUAGUGAGGCCAGCACCAUUGAGGUUCCUCCAGCAGUGGAUACCUCAGCGGUCAUAUCAGGAGCAGUUCUGGAGCAAGGGGCAUUCUCAGCGCCAGUCAUGAACAGUAGCCUUGUGCAUUCGCGUAGCCAGAGCAAUGCAUCGUCGACAACACCGGUGAUGCCCAUAGAGAGCAAUGCUAGCCCAGGGGUUGAAUCUGCUGACGAAAAUCAGCAGCUGCCAGCAUGUGGGCCGCCGGUGAGCCUCCAGCGCAUGACGAUUGUCGACGAUAGCGAGGAUGACAAUGAACUUAGCCGCCUGCAGCCAACGCAGGUCAUGGCACGUGGUGGUGCUGACGAUAAGCACCCGCAGCGUGCAGCGACUCUGCCGCGGUCCUUCACAGGGUCGUCGUCAUCGGCAGGACGGCCAAGCCUUGGGGGAGUGCGUGGCAGAGCAAUCAACACUAGCAGGCGGUACCAUAAGGCGCCAAUCGCUGCCUCGCAGGACGAGGCUCGCCCAUUGUCGUCGUCAAAAAGCAUGUCUAGCCUGCAUCACCAGUCCGAGCCCAUUGGCGACUAUCAUGAGCACGAGCGGCCAUCGCUUUUGCUGCGUCUCAACGAGAUCAGUGCCCAGCGGCCAACAAAAACCGACCUUGUCAGUAACCGCUCGUCGCCGCGCUUUGUUAAGCGCUCUCAAUUUUACAGCACCACCGAGCUAAGCACCACUACCACCAGCAUGCACCGUCCUACACGGCGGUUCAAGUGAAAUAAUACAUCACCCCUCCUCAUCUCGCUACUUUAGUGGAAAGG